AUGGUUGAGCGAAGACGCCGAGCCAAGGCAGAAGACCCGAACGUCGUGUUUGAUGACACUGUCGAGUGGGCCGCAAAGGCUGCGAAAGGCAUGCCCUAUGAUGCAUCUGCCGUUCAACUUUUGUUUUCCAUGGCCGCUAUGCACACCACCACAGACCUUCUUACUCAAGUUAUUCUCGAUCUUGCAGCUCAUCCUGAGAUGCUUGAUCCUCUGCGUAAAGAGAUUGAGACAGUGCUCAGCGAAGAAGGCGGAUGGACCAAGGCAGCACUACACAGGAUGAAGCUCCUCGAUAGUGUGCUGAAGGAGUGCCAGAGAAUGAAACCAGCGGCCAUUAGCGGCCUGCGGGGAAUCCUGAACACGGACGUUACGCUAUCUGAUGGACUCCGUCUUGUCGAGGGAACGUCCAUCGCUGUAUCGUCCCAUCUGCACUGGGACGAGAAGAUCUACAAAGACCCGCUCAAAUGGGAUGGCUGGCGUUUCUACAAUCUACGCCAGGUGCCCGGAAUGGAGCACCGGUCUCAGCUAGUCUCAUCGACCUCCCCCGACCACAUGGGGUUCGGCAUUGGAACGCACGCAUGCCCUGGCCGUUUCUUCGGGGCGCAUGAGGUGAAGGUAGCUCUGUGCCAUUUUGUUUUGAACUACGACUGGAAGCUCAGUGAAGGCACCGUGCCGCAGACGCGAACUUUCAUGUGGUCGCUUGCCAGGCAUCAAGAAAUCAAGUACAUGGGUUCAAGAUACUGCUUCAAGGCCUAG